GAGAAGAGGGCUUGUGCCCUAAAUCAUGCAAUGUCUUAAAAAACAGUAUCUUCACAUCAUGGAUUUUCAACUACCAUAUUGUUUUUUCUUCCUUCUUCUUCUGCUUCUGCCAUUCUCCAUCAAUGGUCAGACUUACAGAAACAUAUCUUUGGGGUCAUCUCUCACUGCUGCAAGUGAUAACCUUUCUUGGACUUCACCAUCUGGGGAUUUUUCUUUUGGAUUCCAACAAGUUGGUGAUGCUGGCUACCUACUUGCCAUAUGGUUCAACAAAAUACCCGAAAGAACCAUAGUCUGGUCAGCUAAUAGAAAUGAUCUAGUUCAGGGGGGAUCAAGAGUACAACUUACGGCAGAUGGUGAGUUGGUUCUAAAUGAUCAAUCAGGCAGACAAAUAUGGAUCCGUCCACAAUCGGGUGGAAGUGGAGCCGCCUAUGCAGCCAUGCUUGACUCGGGAAACUUCGUGGUAGCAAGCCAAGCUGGUGCCAAUUUGUGGCAGAGUUUUGAUGAACCAACAGAUACCCUGUUGCCGUCACAAAAUCUGAAUUUGGGUGCUCAACUUAUUGCUCCCUACCUGGAAAAGAAUUAUUCAGAAGGAAGAUACAAGUUCAUUCUACAAGCUGAUGGGAAUCUCAUCUUGUACACCACACACUAUCCAUUAACUACCUCAAAUUUUGCUUAUUGGUCAACCCAAAGUUCUAUAGGUAGCGGUUAUCAGGUGAUCUUUAACCAGUCUGGCUAUAUGUACCUUGUAGCUAGAAAUGGUACGGUACUUAAUCCUGUAUUCUCUAAUUCAGUAUCAAUGCAAGAUCUCUACUUGAGGGCAACCCUGGACUAUGAUGGAGUUUUUAGGCAAUAUGUUCAUCCAAAGACUGAUUCCAGUAGCAGAAGCAGGGCUAUGGCCUGGACGACUUUGUCAAACUCCAUACCAUCAAAUAUCUGCUUGAAAAUUACGGGACAAGAAGGCGGUGGAGCUUGCGGUUUCAACAGCUAUUGCAGAUUAGGAGAUGACCAAAGACCAAGUUGCAAGUGUCCUCCUGGUUACACUUUCUUAGAUCCAAAUGAUGAGAGGAAGGGAUGCAAGAAAGACUUUAUUUCACAGGAUUGUGACCAUCCAUCGCAAGAAAUAGAUAGCUUUGAGAUCAAGGAAAUGCCUAACACAAACUGGCCAUUUAAUGAUUAUGAAAUGUUUGGUUCAGUGGACGAGGAUUGGUGCAGACAGGCUUGCUUAAGUGACUGUUAUUGUGCUGUUGCCAUUUUUAACACUGCUGGACAAUGUUGGAUGAAGAGAGUCCCUCUCUCGAAUGGGGUAACAGAUCCAAGUGUUUUUGGAAAAGCCCUGAUAAAAGUAAGGAAAGGCAACUCGACUGCAGGUUCAAGUGCAAAGAAGUGUGAUAGAUCGAAUUUGAUCACAACAGGCUCGGUGCUUUUAGGUAGCUCCAUCUUUCUAAUUGUUCUCUCACUGCUAGGGAUCUAUGUGUUCUUUUCUCGAUGGAACCGACAGCAACAAAAAAUGAUACCGCAACACCGACUCAUGCCAGAUAUGAAUAUGCAGAAUUUCACUUACAGUGAGCUCGAAAGAGCUACAGGAGGAUUCAAGGAAGAACUUGGUAGCGGUGCCUUUGGAACUGUUUACAAAGGGGUACUAGCGAACGAAGACAAACCACUCAUUGCAGUGAAGAAGUUAGAUAAGAUGGCCGGAGAGGGCGACAAAGAAUUCAAUACAGAAGUGAAAGUUAUUGGAAGAACAAAUCACAAGAAUUUGGUUCAACUUAUUGGAAUCUGUAACGAAGGGCAACAUCGCCUUCUGGUCUACGAAUACAUGAGCAAUGGCUCUGUGGCCGAUUUUCUCUUUGGAGAUUCAAGGCCUAACUGGUACCGAAGAAUGCAAAUUGCUUUGGAUAUAGCCAGAGGGCUCCUUUACCUCCACGAAGAAUGCAGCUCCCAGAUAAUCCAUUGUGAUAUCAAGCCUCAAAAUAUCCUCCUCGACAAAUCUUUUAAUGCAAAGAUUUCUGAUUUCGGACUAGCCAAGCUGUUGAAGACAGACCAAACCAAAACAACGACAGGAAUCAGGGGGACGAAAGGGUAUGUAGCUCCUGAAUGGUUCAAGAGCCUGCCUGUCACAACCAAAGUAGAUACCUACAGCUUUGGCAUUCUUUUGCUGGAGCUAGUAUGCUGUAGAAAGAACUUUGAGAUUAAUGCUAUACAAGAACAUCAGAUAGUUCUUGCAGACUGGGCAUGUGAUUGCCUUAAAGAAGGAAAGUUGAACCUUUUAGUAGAAGAAGAUGAAGAGGCAACUGAAGACAUGAAAACGGUGGAGAGGUUUGUGAUGGUUGCAAUUUGGUGCAUUCAGGAUGAUCCAUCUUUAAGACCUGGAAUGAAAAAAGUUGUGCAGAUGCUUGAAGGAGCUGUUCAAGUCUCAAUUCCUCCUGAUCUUUCAUCAUUUAUCAGCACAAUCUAAAUCCUCUUUAUACACGUAUAUGUAUAUAUAUAUUCAGAAACUAAGGCCAAUGAAUGUAACUUAUCUACCAUGUAUUGAAUAAUCUGUAGUUCCUAUCAUUUCAGACAUGUCUAGAUCAUCUUGUGGGUUGUACUCUAAAUUUCAAGUCAAAUGAUGAUUUCUUCUACUUGUCCAA